AUGGUAUUAAUUGAAGGAUCGUAUUUUGUGCGCAAUAAAGACGGUGAGAAUAUUGGUGUGUUUAAACCACGCGAUGAAGAGCCGUUCGCAGAACAUAACCCGAAAUGGCCGAAGUACUUACAACGAUUUUUGUGUUUUUGUUGUUUUGGUCGUGCAUGCCUCAUACCAAAAAGUGGUUUCCUUUCUGAAGCUGGUGCAUCACUCGUCGACGAACGACUUCAGUUGAAUAUCGUACCAAAAACGCGUAUUAUUCGAAUGGCAUCACAAUCAUUCUUCUAUCCAAAAAAGUUAUGCGGACGUGAUGAAGUUCGCCCUAAAAUUGGCAGUUAUCAGGUGUUUGUGCACGGAUAUAAGCCAGCGAUUGAAAUCGCAUCAGAAUGGAUUAACGAUGACGUACGAUCACCGUUAUCUGCUGAUGAAAAAGCGCGUUUCUUGCAUCUCUUCCAGAAGAUGUGCAUUCUGGAUUAUGUGAUUCGUAAUACGGAUCGAAACAACGACAAUUGGUUGAUCAAGUGA